UUAGUUUCCUGCACAGAAUCAUUCUUAUUCCCUCCCCGAACGACGACUAUCUCUCGCUCAUUUCUUGAUCUCUGACUCUGUUCUCUCUCAUGGCGGAGAUUGAGCUCAAAACAGCGCCUGCUGAUUUUCGCUUUCCUACAACCAAUCAAACCAGACAUUGUUUCACUCGCUAUGUUGAGUUUCAUAGGUGUGUGGCAGCAAAGGGUGAAGGCUCAGGUGAUUGUGAAAGAUUUGCCAAAUAUUAUCGUUCCCUUUGCCCCGGUGAAUGGGUUGAAAAGUGGAAUGAGCAGAGGGACAAUGGAACUUUUCCGGGGCCCCUGUGAGGCAUUUUCAGAUCCCAGGAUACCCUUAAGAUUAUGCUGGUUGGUUUUGUCUGAUAAUUUGGUGGACUUAAAUGUUAAUAUGGUCAAGGUUGAUCAAUAAAGCUUUCUGUAUUUUCACUGUUGCAAGUUGACAAACUGUCAAAGCCCCCUUGUUUGAAGUUGAUUUGGUUCUGACUAAUGGAAUUGUUACUUUUGUUUGACACAUUUGAUUUUUAAGUUUUGCAGCUCCA